AUGGCCACUCCUUGCGAAAUCACUAUUGAUAAACUCAAUGGGAAUUGGAUUUUGAAUAAAAAGCUGUCAACUGAGAUAGACCCCAUCUUCAAGUUGCAAGGAAUAAACUGGUUGUUGCGCAAGGCUGUAGCCCUCACAGACAUUUGCCUCAAAAUAUCCACAUCUCACACCAACGAACCUGAGCCCAUCACUACGAUCGAAUUCUUACAGACCUCACCAAUCGGUAAACUAGCCUCAACUACUGAAAAGCGCGUUCUAAAUGGGGAAGUGAGGUACCACUCGGAUUAUAUCUUCGGGACUGUAACGUCCCAGAGUUGCUUUGUGCAAGGUUCUUCUGAAGCGGAGAAUGUUGGCCUUGUGAAACCGGAGCUUGGAGUACAAACCAAGUCACUAGGCUCAGAUUUGGUGAAAUUUUUGAGUGGUGAAAUUACUUUCGAAGAUCGUGAGCUGUUUACUCAUUUUGGAGGGUUCCUUGUUGAGGGAAUCCACAGCGGGCAACGCAAGACGCGGGGUCGGGGAUUGUGGGUACAUACCUUUGAGAGGAGUAUACAUUCAGGUUGGGAAGCAGAACAGACUUGGGGGUUUGAAAUGAUAAACGGGAAUCGGUGCUUUACUCGUAGAGUGGUUGUCACAUCUGCGGAAGGAAAGCAUGUUUAUGCGCGACUAGUUUACGACUUUAUUAGAUAG